UUUGUUCUGUUUAUUCUUGUUUCAACCUAUCAACAUCAUUAUAACAAAACCAAGAAAAAAAAAGAAUUGAAGGAAGAAGAAGAAAGAGCAAUUUGUAAAUGGAGGAUGAUAUAGUACCUUUAAGCGUCCCGUGAGAUCCUUGAUCAUCUUUGAGAUCGAUCCUUCCUCAGAAUCACAAUGCCUGUGCCAGAUCCACGGGCGGGGCAGGCGUUCAUCUGUCUCAUUACCUUAUUUCUUUUUCUAUCAAUCGCGGUUGGAGGCGGUUGUCUCAUUGCAUACACAGUCCUUCCUUACCCUCCAAUUUGGCUCUCCUACCUUGGCAUUGUCUUCGUUUGUCUCCCUUGGUUCUUUUGGAUCCUAACCUUUGCAUACCGCAUUAUUUCACGCACAUUUGGGUUUAGAAUGGUCAUUGGAUCGGGUGGUAACAAUAACAACGGGAAUGGAGAACCCCAGCCACGGGAUGUUGACCCUCCUGAGCAAUCUUUAGAGCCUCCUGCUGAUGAGCCAGAGACAAUAGCUCACCCACAAGUCCAAGUUCUUGUGUCUAUUGAAGGGAAUCAAUCGAAAAAACGAAUGUCAACCUCCAGCAAUUCUACUAUCGCUUCACAUGAAAGUGAGAUGCCACUAGCCAUUUCUAUGGGCUCAUGAUCGUAUAUGUUUUGACAUAUAAAGGGAUCUUGCCAUAGAGAGCAUCAGGACGGAGAUGCUAAUCAGAUUCUUAGCCUCUUCACAACAUGGGAAAAUUUGCUGUUUUUGUUUUGUAUCUUAUACAGAUAGAUUUGUAGAUUCAACAAAAAAACUAUUUUACACCUUUUACCACAUUACCGAAGGUUUACCUCAAACCCCAAACCCCCAAAAGGUUGGCAUGAUUUUUUAGGUUUGUUUUAAAAUCAAGAGAGAAUGUUUGUUACAAAAGGGGUAUAGUUUGAGAUGUUUUA